AUUAGGGAGCGAUGCGAUGCGAUGAUUAAACCCGUUGAAACGAGUCGUCGCAGUUCUCUAAAAAAAACUUUUGUGUUCGCUUUCCCGGCUGUAAUUUACCAACAGCAACUAUAUUUUUCAGUGAGCUUUUCUGGCCAUUAAAAGAACGCAAUUGAGUGAUUGUUUUGAUGUGAAAAAUGUGUACUGCGGUUCCAGUCCGAAGCCACAAUUUUCCCGACUAAAAAAAGAACGGCACCACCGGAGUGUGAGAGCGAAAUGCGUGUACCGCUGGCCCACUGGGUCCACAACUGAAUCCGAAUCCGAGUCCCAGACGCUGUGACUACAAUCUCUCGACUUCCGAGCUAAUAAUCCCUUUGGCAGGCCCGUAAAAUGAGUCUGUGGCGGAACCUGCGCUCCUUGGAGACCCGUAAUCUGGACCUGGCCCUCAGCCAGCGGGAGAACCAGUUGGUACACGGCAACCUUCCCUCGGCAAUUUUCCGAGAGCGCCUUACUGCGGCUGAGAAUCUCUACCAGCGCAAUCUUACCGGCCACUACGGUUGUGUAAAUGCCCUGGAGUUCAGUCAGGGUGGUCAGUUCCUGGCCUCAGGAGGCGACGACAAGAGAGUUUUGCUGUGGAAUAUUGACCGCGAGGUGGUGUCCCGACUGGGAAAACCCCGGUCCAUGAACGAGACACAUGCCAGCAACAUCUUCUGUCUGGGAUUCGACACCCACAACACCUGCAUCUUUUCCGGAGGAAACGAUGAUUUGGUUAUCCAACAUGAUCUGGAAACUGGAAAAAUCCUCAACUACUUUUCGCACGAUGGUCCCGUCUAUGGCUUGAGCUUGGACAAAACCAGUGGGCAUCUCUUGAGCGUGGCCACGGAGCAUGGCGAGAUCCUAGUCUACGACCUGAGGGCAGGAAAGUCCGAACCGCUUGCCCUGGCCAAAUUUAAGACGCCCUUCAACGCCGUGGAGUUUCAUCCGCUGAACGGCAACUUCCUGGCCACCGCCAACGCCAAAAGGGGAGCCAUGCUCUGGGAUUUGAGGCACCACCAGCAGGCCCUCUGCCAGUACAACUACAUCCCGGAGUCGCCGAGCUGCAUGAGCGUGCGCUUCAAUUGCAAUGGCACUCUGCUGCUCACCCUGCACCGCCGGCUGCCACCGAUCCUUUACAGCCCUGGGUCCCCGGAGCCGGUGGCCACCUUCUACAACGAAGAGUACUUCAACUCGUGCACCAUGAAGAGCUGCACGUUUGCAGGGCCGCAGGACGAGCUAGUGGUCUCCGGCUCGGACAACUUUAACAUGUUCAUCUGGCGGCUCGAUGGAGUGGACUUGGAGAAGAAGAACCAGUGGAUGGAGACCCCCCCAGUGAUCCUCACCGGACACCGUUCCAUAGUCAACCAAGUGCGCUACAACCGGCAGCGCUGUUUGCUCGCCUCCUCCGGCGUGGAAAAGAUCAUUAAACUGUGGAGCCCCUUUGCCCAGCAGGGCUGGGAGGGAUCCCUGACCCAAGCCGAAGCCCUUCCCUAUUGCACCCGCACGCUGCACCGCGAGUCCUCGGACCAUGUGUCCCAAUACUUCAGUGCCCGCAACACAGAAGAGGACCAGGUAAUGCUGGCCUUCUUCGACACGCUGGUGCAGCGCGAGCUCGAGUCCUGGAGCACCGUGGAGAACCAGAGCAACUACAGCAGCAGCUCGGACACCUCCAGUAGCGAGGCCAGCUCAGUCACGGAGGAGCCGGGCGACGAGGAGCGCGACCACGAGCAGGACCAACAACUCGAUCAGUCCCACGACGAGGACAAUGAGCCUGACAUUGACACGCCCAACGUCAGCGAACUGAGCUGGCAGACUCAUCCAAACCGCAUCUUCUACCUGAUCGCCAAGAAGCGGCGUGCCCUGCUCCAGUUGGCGGUGCGGGGCACCACGGGACAGCCGCGGAGCGUUGACCAGUUGCUCCAGCGGCUUCUCGGCGAGCAAAAGCAGGUGGCCACGCAAGCGCGGAUCAGCGACUGGCUGGAAGAGACGCACCGCCUGUUUGGGGACGACGAGCUGCCCACUACAUCGGCGGAGGCAGCGGCCCGGGAACAGAGACGCCGCGCCUGCGAUCAGCUCAGCAGGAGUCCUCGGCGGGCACAAGAAUUAAAAAUUGAAACUUUUCAAUCCAGCAUCGAUCCAAGGGAACGCAAGCGAAAGGUAAAGCGUAAGCGAUUUUUGGUCGCCAAGCACAGGAGAACGUCUCGUCGACUACGUCCCACUGAAAUGGACAACCAUAGUAUCGGCUCAAAUGAUACCGAAUAUCUGGAGGGACACAACGACACCGACGAGGAGGAGUCGUCGCCAGGGGACAAUCACAACAAUAAUGCCAAUGCAAGUGAAGUUCAAUCAGAUGAGCACGAGGACAGCUCCUUCUCCACAUCCAUGACCUCCAUGGAGGCGCAAUUGUCCCAAGCUCCCAGUACCUCCAGUUCGUUUCCUUUUCUUCCCGAACUGGAGGCCAACAACAACAGCCAGCUGACAUCCAAUCACAAUCACAAGACAGUCAAUGUCAACGGUCUAGUUCCGGAUAUUUCUAAUACGGAGUCAACAGCAUCCACAUCUUCAUCCAUAUAAGUGGAACCCAUAUUGGAGCUAAAAGUCCAACUAUUUAAAACAUCCUCUUAGGCUUAAAUUUGUUUUUAUACAAAAAAUCACCCAUCCACGUUAAUUUGGAUCUCCGCUGAAACACAAAUAUUCGCUUUAGCAUAACUUAAAGAAAGUAUAAAACACUACGUGUCCAUACUUUUUAAAUUUGUUUGAACGAAACGGUGAAUUUAUGAUGUUCAUAUAAAGCGAACUAUUUUUUUUUUUUUUUGGCAAAUAUAUAAAGUUAGCUAAAACUGGCAUUUAGCAACUUAAAAAUUAGUCAAAACUUAAUUCUUCAAAGUUUAAAAGUAAAAACAGAAAAAUCAAUUCAAAACUAACAGUGCGAUUUUUUCGGUCGCCAUUUUUUCACAGCGAAAUUGCUCAGAAUUUCAGAUGACUUUUUUUGUAUGUAGUCUUUCUUCAUUCCCAGGAUGUUUUAAGUCAUUUGUUUUUUUUGUUUUGAAAAUAAAGUUUUUCCUAUAAAUUUGA